AUGGAUACGAAGUCCCUCGAUUACGAAGUUAUUAAAACAGAAAUUAACAUUUCUCUUCCGAACCCGAUAAUAAACGAUAUUGGUGAAAAUUUUCAAAUUUCCAAUAAGCAACAAACAUCUCUCAUUUGUCAUGCCAAAAACCCUCAAUUACCCAAUAAAUCUUUAAUUCAAAAACGCAUUGCCUUUGCUAAAAAGAGUAAAAUCAAUAAAAAAAAUAAAAUUAUUAAUGUUAAGGACAGACACAGAACUAAUAAUAUAAAUCAAAUAUUGUGUUUAAGGGAUAAUGAUAUAAAUGAUCCUUCUCAAUGUGAAUCGUUGUUAAAUACUAUUGUGACACCUAGUUCUGACCAUUCAGAUGCUGAUCUACUUAUCUCUCUUAAAGAUAUACCCUCCUUUUUUAAAUUAUUUAAUGAACCUAAUAUCGAUUUUAACAAUAUUAGUAAAAUUAUUUCUCAUGAUGGUAAUCAAGACAAAUUUCUUGUUUUAAAUGAUACACUUAGAAAAAAUGAUCAUACCUAUGAUAAAAACCAGAUAACUCUACAAAUUACAGAUACAUCCUUAGAUUACAAGUCAUAUGGUAAAGAUCAAAUUGAGAAUACAUCCUCUCCGAUUUUUAGUAAUGUAGUUGCUUUUGAUUCUAAUAAUGAUCCUAGUCUCAAUUAUGCAACUUCCAAUCCAUCUAAUAGUUUAAGCUUAUCAAAGUCCGAACUAUUUAAAAAUACAAAAAUUAAUGAAGAAUUUGAAAAAAUUUAUGGUCAGCAAUUUCCUGUAAAUUGCAAGAAUAUAAAUGGACAGUUUUAUAGAUCUCGUUUUGGCUCAGGUAACAAAGGUAAAUGCAUAUUUUAUGAUGGAAACUGGUUAACCCCAAACGAGUUCGAAACUUUAGGUGGUAGGGGUAGUUGCAAGGAUUGGAAAAAAAGCAUACGGAUUUCUGGUAAUAGGCUGCAAUCCUUGAUCGGGAAAGGCAUUCUGAAUCCACAUUCUGCCACAUGUAUUUGUUCGGUGUGCAGUGAAAAUGAAGAAUCGGAAUCUCCUGUCCGCUUUUUUAUGCCCUAUAAGAGGAGGAAGAAAACCAUUUCCUUUGACCAGCCAUCCCUUUAUCUCGGCAACAACGAAUAUAAUGGCGAACUAGUAAAAACGCGAACGAAAGGAGAUCUUUCUUCGACGGGCGCUAAAAGUUUGGACUCUAAUUACUAUUCUGGCCUAGCGUCUCAACCCAAUAUUAUCAAGAAAAAAUCUAUCAUACUUACUACCCAGAACGUCGAAAUUGAUCCCACCAAUGAUGGGCAAGUUGAAGAAACGAAUGUAAAUUUGAUCGCGACUACUAAUAACGCAGAAUUCAAAGGCGCCAUUAACUCGACUAUGGAUGGUGUAAAUAGUCAUAAUAUGAAUCGGCAAUUCCUAUCUUUACCAGUUAUCGGAGAAAUGGAACCAAAAUUGUCCUCUUACAUUCCGCCCAACCAUGAUAUAAGCAAAACGCUCAAUAGUUUGAUAUGGAGCCAUAUCGAAAAUGCUUUGGACAAGAUCAUUAACGAGACCAAAAUUUUAAAAGCCCUUUUGUCCACCAUCCAGAGUAACGAUUAUUCGACGAUGGAUCGCGACACGGAUCAGAAGAUGAAAGCGCUCGAGUUAUAUCAAAAAUUGAACGAUAUAUCAAGUGGUAUGUUUGAUAGAUCUCAAAAUUCCACUUCCGCCAGCCUCAAUACGAGCCAAAUAAAUUCGUCCGGUUUUAACCCCGAAACGCGAAAUAUCAUUCCAAAUAAUUCCCUCUUAAAUCCGUUUUCUGCGGCGACUGUACCUCUACUAUUUAUAACGCCGGAUAAUCUUGCUGCUCCCAGGAAUUAUAAAUAAAACCUCCUUAUUUCUCUUUCUUUUUUCUUUCUUUCUUUCUUUCUUUCUUACUUAAUUUAUUUAUUUAUUUAUAAAAUUGGAAUUAAAUUAUGAAUCAUAAAUUGUAUAUAUUUUAUAAUUGAUAAUUACACAUAACUUUUAUAUCGUUUUA